GUGUUUAUGAGGAGGUCCUUGGAUUCUGAGGUUGGCUGAAACACACCAUGCCUGCUUCCAUCCUUUGUUCCGGAAAGUUGUGAAUUGCUCAUGCCGAUAAGGAGGAAGGAUGGCACAUGGGAUUCCUUCUCAAGGCAAAGUUACCGUAACGGUGGAUGAGUAUAGCUCAAACCCCACCCAGGCCUUCACUCACUACAACAUCAACCAGAGCCGAUUCCAGCCACCACAUGUGCACAUGGUCGACCCCAUCCCAUAUGACACUCCAAAACCAGCGGGCCACACGCGGUUUGUCUGCAUCUCAGACACACACUCCAGAACAGAUGGGAUCCAGAUGCCUUAUGGGGACAUCCUUCUCCACACAGGCGAUUUCACCGAGCUGGGACUGCCCUCAGAGGUUAAGAAGUUUAAUGACUGGUUAGGAAACCUGCCAUAUGAAUAUAAAAUAGUGAUUGCUGGGAACCAUGAACUGACAUUCGAUAAGGAAUUCAUGGCAGACCUUGUUAAACAGGACUACUACCGUUUCCCCUCUGUGUCCAAAUUGAAACCCGAGGACUUUGACAAUGUUCAAUCCCUCCUGACAAACAGUAUUUACUUACAAGAUUCGGAGGUAACAGUGAAGGGAUUCAGGAUAUACGGCGCACCUUGGACCCCGUGGUUUAAUGGAUGGGGCUUUAACCUACCCAGAGGUCAGUCCCUGCUGGACAAGUGGAACCUCAUCCCUGAGGGCAUCGACAUACUCAUGACACACGGACCUCCGCUAGGCUUCCGAGACUGGGUUCCCAAGGAGCUGCAAAGAGUGGGCUGCGUGGAGCUGUUAAACACAGUGCAGAGGCGGGUCCGGCCCAAGCUCCAUGUGUUUGGUGGAAUACAUGAAGGCUACGGCAUCAUGACGGAUGGGUACACAACGUACAUCAAUGCCUCAACGUGUACAGUCAGCUUUCAACCGACCAACCCUCCAAUUAUCUUUGACCUUCCAAACCCACAGGGUUCCUGAGGCCCUCGUUUCCCAUUGGAAUGUGAGGAAAGGUCUACAAACUGCCAUUUUUCUAAUUAUAAAACAUACAUUCUCUUCCUUGUUUGUUUCCAAAUCCUGUAAGUUCUUUUUUGUAAAUUACUGGAACAGGAACGAUGCUAGGGGUUGUGCUUCUUUGUUACUUUUCUUUUCUUUUUCAAUGGGGCAUCCAGUUGCAGUCAAGGAGCGUUGUGGAUUUGUAAAGUAUCUUCUGUCUUCUCAAAGGCCACGCCAUUGUUAGUGUUCGCCAAAGGACAGCCAAGCUUUGUUUUUUAAGUGUUAAAAAUUGUAUUUUAAUAUGCUUUAAGCUAAAAGAAAAAAAAGAAACAAGUAGGCAGUGUUGUUGUUGUUUUUUGUUUUUUUUAAAAAAGAAGAAAACAUCCAAAUUUGCACAACUGUUUGAGUAUUGUUUGAAGUAUUUUAUUUUUUUGAUGUUUUGUUGUUUCUGUUGUUGUUAGUUCCUUGGUAAUCGUUCUUUUUUGCAGAUGUGGCCCCGAUUUUAUAAGAACCUGCUCAGUGAAACUAGAUGUGGGAGAAAAAAAAAGACUUCCACACUCUCACUCUAAAGGAAGCUGUGUCAAGGGAAGGAACCGCCUCUCCUGGGAAGGACGGCUUAGCUAGUGAGAUCCAGCGUGUCAUUAUACAAGGUCUCAUUGUUUGUUUGUUUCCUUUUAAAUUAUUUUAGCUUUAAAACUAUGAAAUGGAAUCUGUCAAGAGCAAGUAUUUCACGCAAGUAAGAAGAAGAAAAAAUGAACGUGCAGACUCCUUUUCAAUAUGGGUUUAUAUAUACGAAUAUUUUUUGUGGAUGAUGACUGAGUUAGGAGUUUAAUCUUGCCAAGGACAGUCAACUGCACAGGGAUGCUGGACGGCGGCGCGUCGGAAGCCUGAAGGAGCUGAGUGUUUGCUCAGCGCUCAAGGUCUUAAAGAACUUGAGUUCCAUCUAGGUGCAGUUGCAAGCGUGUAUAGACAGACUUGAAUGGAUGCAAUGAAAGCUAACUAAAGGCUUAGUUGUCCUUUAUAUUUAAAUCCCCUGAAUUGUCUUCUUACUUCCUCUCCCCGACCCGACCCCGUUUUGCACUGUGUGUCGAUGCAAUCUCCGCUAGCACAAAAUAUUGUCGCUAAUAGUCGUUUCUGUUUUCCCAUUGUAAAUGCCGUUGAGCUUUAUUCUAUCUUACGUUAUCUUGUCCAUGACAUUUAGGAAAGCAGUGUUUCUUUAAAUUUAUUGUGAUAUUCUAUAUCUAGCGGCCUUUAUAUGCAAAUAAAAUUGCAAGAUUUUUAAA